UGACAAUAUACAGGGAAAACAAUAUUUAGAUAAGAAGACGGAUGAAAUACUUCCCAGUCCAAUCGUUUCAGCUGUGACAAUCAAGUCAUCAGGAAAUAAUGAAAAUUUUGUAAGGAGAGCAGCACAUUUGACCAAGAAACACUGAACAGACUGGAUCAGAAUGGAUGAGAUUAUAGAAAUACCCCACCGUCAUGCCACAGAACAAGGCAUUUGUCUUUCUGACUGUCCUAAACUGAGAAUUGUCCUGGUUGGAGUGACAGAAUCUGGGAAAAGUGCUGCUGGUAAUGCCAUUAUGGGCAAGAAAGCCUUUGACGAGGUUGGGAUAAAGACCCGAAUGAGUUUCCCAUGUCAGGGUCUUGUGAGAGGACAGCAGGUGCUGGUGGUUGACACCCCAGGUUGGGAAUGGUUCAAUGUCAAUGGCUCCUCUGCAUGGUCAGUGAAGAUGGAGAUAAUGAGAAGUAUGAGUCUGUGCCAGCCUGGAGCCCAUGCCCUGCUGCUGGUGGUGCCACUGUCAUUCUCGUUCUCCCAGCGUGAACGUCGUGCCGUGGAGGAACAUGUAGAGCUGUUUGGUCCAGAAGCCUGGAGUUACAGCUUGGUGCUCUUCACCAUCUUAGACAGAAAGCAGUUACGUGGCUCCACCUUAAAGCAAGAAGUGAUGUUGAACGUCGAGCUACACAAGCUGAUUGUGAAAUGUGGAGGCCGAUUCUGUGCUCUGUACAGCAAUCCCAAAGCAGGGGAGGACCAGGUGGCUGGUCUUCUGGCUAAGAUCAAGAAAAUGAUGGCUACCAAUGGGGAGACUAUGCUCUCCAGUGAGAAGGUGUUGGAACGGGCCAGAGAAAUGGAGAAAGAAGAGGUGGGAAGAUUGGAGGAAGAGCAAAAAAGAUAUGAGAAAAUAGAAAAAGUGAGAGAGUUAAGAAGGUCGGGAAGGAAAAUGAACCAACGGACAGUGGACGAACAGAAAUAUUCAGCUAGGUACAAUAUGAGCAGUGACGAGCCUCUGAGUGGCAGAGGAAGCUUUCGUCAGAGCUGCAAACAACAGUGAACGACGGACAGGACCUCGCUUAAAACACUAACAUCCACCACUGCAACUUCCACAACUCACCACCAGAGGCCAUCAACACUUCGCAUCUCCAUUCACCACAGAGUGAUAACCUGUGCCACCAAACCAACUGACAAAUGAGGAACAUGAUCUUAACAGCACUUUGUAACUUUAGAUGAUGAUUUAUAUUAGCAAAGCUUAGUCAUAAUAAACUGUCGCAAUAUUUUGCAUUCAGA